AUGGUCACCACUCGUGCCGCAGACCACGCCAACGGCAACACUGAAGCUCCUUCCGUAGCCGCUGGUGAGAAGCGCGGCAUCGAGCACGAUGCUGCUGAUCCAUCUCCUGAUGCCAAGCGAGUGAAGAAGUCAGACGAGACCCGUCAGACUACACUGGAGGAGACUCUCGAGAAGAACAAGGAUGAUGCGGAGACCAAGACCGCUGAGACUGAGACUAAGUCCACUGAGGACAAAGACCAGAAGAACGGCGAUACCGAGAUGAAGGACUCGGGUGCUAAUGGCCAUGACGGCGCAGAGUCGGUCACUGACGCCAAGAACGAGACAGAGGAUGUCGCUGUCGAGAAGAAGAAAGACACCAAGGCAGAGGCUACGGAGGAGAAGCACCAAACCGAUGAGAAGAUGGAGGACGCCCCGGUGGAAGCCGAAGAGAAGUCCAAGACCGAGGAGGUGCCCAAGGCAGACGAGAAGAUGGUCGACGCCAAGGUAGACGCCGAGGAAAAGACCAAGGCAGACGAGAAAGUGGAGGAUAACAAGACUGAAACUUCAGAGGAGAAGUCCAAAGGAGACGACAAGACAGAGAAGGAAGCGAAGACAGAAUCUACGGAGGAGGCGACUACGGCUGACGAGAAGACGGAGGCUGACGCCAAGGUGGAAGCUCCAGAGGAGACGGCCAAGAACAACGAGAAGACAGAUACCAAGCAGGAGAACGGAGACUCCGCCGAGAUUCCCCACGAAGACAAGAAGGUUCCUUCCAACGUCCUCGAGAAAGGCAUCGUCUACUUCUUCUUCCGCGCUCGCGUCAACACCGACCAGCCCGAGGAGGUUGACGACAUUGCCCGCAGCUACAUCAUUCUCCGUCCCAUGGCCCCUGACUCCAAGCUCGGCGACGGACCCAUUGGCGAUGCUGGCAACACACGCCUUCUUGCCCUCCCCAAGAAGGUGUUCCCACAGAGUGGCAGAGACCGCUUCAUGGUGUUCGUCGAGAAGUUUGGUGCUUCUUUCUCUGAACUGAAGGAGCAGUUUCUGUCAAGUGGCGAGAACCAGACCCAGGCUGGAACUUCACACGUCCCUGCCGCGACUCCUGUGGGUGAGGGAGUCUAUGUUAUCACCACCACCGGCAGAGAGAGCCACCUUGCGUACAUGCUUACGCUGCCUGAGAAUGGGGGCGAGGUUCAGAGCGAACUUGGUCUCAAGGAGCAGGGAAGCUUCAUCUUGAGCACCAAGAAUCCCAAGUUCCCUGGCCCUGCCAAUGCCCGUCUCCCGCAGGAUCCUGACUUCCCGGAGAGUAUCAAGAACGACUUCCGCGACCUCCGCUGGAUGCCGUCCAAGCCGGAGCACCUCGACUACGUCAACGCCCAGAUCCUCAUGAUCGGCGAAUCGGAUGGUCUGAAGAACGCCACGGAGCCGCGCAAGAAGGACGUCCAGGACGGCAAAGACGAGCCGAAGGAGGUCCUUGAGGAUAUCGAGGAGGAGGAUACCAAACGGAUGGAGAGCCUCGCCAAUGACGACUCGACCGCCAUCUUCGCCGAUCUGCAAGCCCGUGCCAAGGACUAUCCGAAGUUGAAGACGACCUUCUAA